UUUGUAUGGAUGCACGUCACUAAGAUGAGUAAGAAACACAAGUGUUCUUCGAGUAGCAGAGUAAAAACCACCAUGGCAACACAAGGUUGGGUUGAAGCCAAGGCAAUGAGUAUACUCCAGAAUGAUCCUACCAUAGGAUGUAAAGAACUACAAGAGAAACUCGAAGAAACUUAUGACAUCACCAUUGGUUAUGAUACAGUUUGGGCGGGUAAAUCUAGAGCCUAAAAACAGAUUUAUGGCACUUUGAAGCAGAGUUUUCAGAAUUUGCAUAACUUCAAAGCAGAAGUUGAGAAGAGAUCUCCAGGGAGCAUCGUAGAGGUUGAUACCAAGGUAGUAGAUGGUAAAGUCCACUUUCACAGAUUCUUUAUGGCUCUUAAACCUUCCAUAGAUGGUUUUCUAGCUGGUUGUAGACCAUAUCUCAGCAUAGACUCUACGGCAUUGAAUGGUAGAUGGAGAGGACACUUGGCAGCUUGUACAGCAUUAGAUGGUCAUAACUGGAUGUUUCCUGUUGCAAUUGGGUUCAUUGAUGGAGAGACCGAGGAAAACUGGACUUGGUUCAUGUCACAACUCAAUAGAGCUUUAGGUUCAGUCCCUAACUUAGCUAUAUGUACAGAUGCAUGCAAAGGUUUAGAAAAUGCUGUCAAAAAGGUUUUUCCUCAUGUGGAACAGAGAGAGUGUUUUAGGCACUUGAUGGCAAACUUCACAAAAAAAUUCAAAGGUGAUGUGUUUGGUAGGAUGUGGCCUGCUGCUAGGGCAUAUAGGCCUGAAGUUUUCUCCCAUCAUAUGCAGAAAGUCUUGGUAGCUAGUAGCCGUGUGCAUGAAUAUUUGUCAACCUAUCACAGUUUGAAGUGGAUGAGAUGCAGUUUCAAUGCAGACAUCAAGUGUGAUUAUAUAAACAACAAUCUGGCCGAGUCUUUUAAUAACUGGAUAAAAGAUUAUAAAGACUUGCCUGUUGAUGAGCUUGCUGACACAUAUAGAGAAUUGUUGAUGAAACUAGUAUACAAAAGAAGGAGAAUUGGGGAGAAAUUGAGGGGAAAGAUCAUUCCUGCUGUUAUUCAACAGAUUUUCAAUAGGACUAGAGGGCUUGGUCAUCUAAAAGUUGGAAAAUCAGGUAAUGGUAGUUGUGAAGUCAGGGACACAAGCAAAAACAGUCUUAGGCAUGUUGUGAAGGUUGACAAACAUGAAUGCACUUGUUUGGAGUGGCAGCACACCGGAAAGCCUUGUGAGCAUGCUCUAGUAUUUUUGAUGGGGAGGAGAAACCCCAAAUGGGUAGACUAUGUUCAUAAUUAUUUCUCCUUGGACAAGUUUAGGGCAGCUUAUGUAGGUGAGAUUGAGCCCAUGACAGAUAGGAGUCAAUGGCCUCAUGUGGAUGUUGGUUUCGACAUGGAUGCACCGAUUGACAAAGGAAGACCGCCUAGAAGGCCUAGAAAGCAGAGGUACAAGAGUGCCCUCGAAGGUGGAAAAGGUGGUCCAAAAAAGAAAGAACCUAAACAAUUGGGCAGCCAAAACAGAUGCAAAAGAUGCAAUGAACUAGGUCACAGACAAGCUGGUUUCCCUUUAAAUGGUCCCAAAAAAGGUAAUUAUAUAACCAAUUAUAUUUUGCAUUACUUUUGUCAUGUUAUGAAUUGUUUCCAGUUAUAUGCAUUUUGUAUCAUGUUGCAGGAAGAGAAAACAGAGAGCAAGAACAUAUCCUGCUGAAGAUGAUGAGCCAGGACCUCAAAUUGGUGGUGCUCCUAUUGGCACACCCAACAGGCAAAUUGGUGGUGCUCCUCUUGGCACACCCAAUAGGCAAAUGCUUACUAUUCCUGCCAGUCUCCAUGAUAGUCCUAGGCCAGUGACAAGAAGGAUGCUGGCUAUGGCCUUAGAUGAUGAAUCAUCAGAGCCAACAGAGAUACCUUCAACCUCGCGUGCGAGAAAGUUGACCCCUAAGAGAAAAAGAACGUAGAUCAGAUCGUGACGUGCUUAUGUGGUGAACUAGAUGCUAUGCCAUGUCAUUUUUGGGGGCUGAACAUGCUAUGUCGUGUCCUUUUGUGUCGAACUAUGUUUGUUGAUUCUUAUGUAUGGAUGUCAGAGUCAGACUAUCUAUUAUUGUAACCAAAUGUUUGCACUUGC